AUGUUGAGAUACAAGAGAAAACUUCAUGUGGUUUCUCACCUUAAUAUUGGGGGUAAUGUGGUUUAUGAUCAGGUCACGAUCAGUCAGCACAUUGUGCAAUACUUUUCCAAUCUUUUUGAAGAGGAUAAUCAUGCUGAUGUUGACAUUGUGGAGAUUGAGGCGAAUAUUGAUUCUGUUAUUGAUGAUUAUCAUAAUGCCCUCCUCACAAAAAUCCCGGAUGAGGAUGAGAUCACAGCGACUAUUUUUGGUAUGGAUGCCUCUAGUUCGCCUGGUCCUGACGGCUUCUCUGGAAAGUUCUUUCAUCACUGUUGGGGGAUUAUCAAGGAGGAUAUCUUUAGGGCGGUUCGCACCUUUUUUCAGAAAUCUUACUUACCAAAUGGUUGUAAUUCAAGCCGUUUGGUUCUGCUCCCCAAGAAAGAUGAAGUCCAAUCGGUCACGGAUCUUAGACCAAUUGUGCUCUCUAACUUCUUCUAUAAAAUUAUUCCCAAGAUCCUUGCCACGCGAUUGAGUGUUGUGUCUGCCAGAUAUGUGACAGCUAAUCAGUUUGGCUUCAUUAGUGGUCGUUCGAUUCAUGAUUGCAUUAUGCUCGGUUCGGAGGGGAUGAAUUGCAUGCGGCGCACCGGGGGUGGCAUUAAUAUGGCAUGUAAAAUUGACAUCACUAAAGCUUUCGAUACUCUUCGUUGGGAUUUUCUUCUCAAAGUGUUGAGAGUGGGAGGCUAUGACAGUAAGUUUGUGAGAUGGAUUGAAAUCAUUCUUCGUUCGGCACGUCUCUCUAUUUUAUAUAACAGCAGCUCUCAUGGCUAUUUUGCUUGCUCCCGGGGUGUUAGGCAAGGUGAUCCUCUGUCGCCUAUCUUGUUUGGUAUUGCUGAAGAUGUUCUGAGUUCUCUUUUUCACAAUUGUGUUGCUUCCGGUCAUCUUGUUCCCAUGAGUAUGAGACGUGGAAGUCUAUUUCCUACGCAUAUUUUAUAUGCGGACGACAUUCUUGUGUUUUGUAAGGCGACGGUGGAUAAUGCUGCUACAAUCAGGAACAUCUUGCAUUUUUACGGUUCGAUCUCUGGUCAAAAUUAUAGUCCAGCUAAGUCCAAUAUCUUCUUUUCUGAUAAGGUCUCUCAAUCUUUGAGACGGGCCAUUGAACAUCACCUGGAUUUUCGGAUGGGGGCUCUGCCUUUUCAGUACCUAGGUGUUCCUCUUUUUGUGGGGUGGCCUCGCUCUCUGUUGAAGGAGUUAGAUGCACAUUGUCGCAACUUUAUCUGGACUGGGAAUGCUCAGAAGAAGCCCAACUGCACGGUGGCUUGGGCUAGAAUUUGUGCUAUCAAAGAGGAAGGUGGGUAUCUCACGCCGUUCGGUCAGACUAAAGCGGUAUCUGCCCCUUCUUCGAUCUGGAUGAGUCUCCGCAGCGAAAUUCCUCAAUUAAUCAGUGAUACUUAUUGUAGUGUCGGUAAUGGCCAAUUGGUUAACUUCUGGACAGAUGAUUGGCUGGGUUUUCUGAUGGCUGAUAAAUGUGGUGUGCCUCACUUCAUGCGAGAUUUUCUUACUCAGUCGGUUGCUGAGUACUUUUAUGAUGGUAUCUGGCAUUUUACUCAAAGUUUUGCGGAUACCUUCCCUGAGAUUGUUUGUAAGAUCCUUCUUGCUCCGGUUGGUGAUGAUUCUGAUAUUCGAUAUUGGAAGCCGUCUCUUCAUGGGAAUGUUACUUCGGCCUUCGCUUUUUCUCAUCACUGUCACAGAUUUCCUAAAGUCAAAUGGGGGACUUGGCUUUGGGAGAAGCAUAUUCCGGUGGUCAAGGUAGAUUUUUUGGAUAUGGAGAAUAAUUUCACUAAAUUAGGUUCAAUGCAAAAUUCUUUUGAUGAUCUUUUGGUGGUUAAAAAGAUUGGGGUCAGACCGCGGGCGUCUCCUCCUCCGGACUUUAUCAAUGUUUAUUGGUGGCCUCCCGUCAAUAAUUGGAUUAAGGUUAAUACCGACGGCUCGGCGCUUGGUGCUCCUGGCAAGAUCGGUGCCGGAGGUGUCUUCAGAGAUAAGUUCAGUUGGGUUAGGGGUUGCUUUCAUGUGAAAGGAGGCAUCGGUUUUGCGUUAGAAGCUGAACUUCUUGCUGUGAUUACGGCAAUUCAGAUUGCUCAUGCAAGACACUGGCGUCAACUUUGGAUUGAGUCUGACUCAACCUAUAUCGUGCAUCUCCUGCAUGAGAGAUCAACCUCGGUUCCGUGGCGCUUUGCGGCUGUUUGGAAAAAGAUUCUUUUGCUCCUAAAGGAUUUCCAAAUUCAAAUUUCUCAUAUCUAUCGCGAGGGGAAUAAAGUGGCUGAUAUUUUAGCCGCAGAUGAGCGACAUGAGGGCUGGUGGCCUCAUGAGAUUGAGUCAUAUUCGGAUCGCAGAUCUGCAAAUCCGGCGACGGCGCGGCACGGCGGUCGCCACCACGAGCGUUCUACCAUUGUCGUCUUCAUCGGCUUCACCCUGACGACGCCGGGGCAGCACAACCUCGAGAAUCCUCCGCCUGCGACGCCGACGGAGCAGCAGAAGGAGGAGGAGAUGGAGGCGAUAGGGGAGGAAGGCGGUGGAAGGGAGAAUGGAGGGGAUGGCAGCGGAGCAGAAGCGGCGGAGCAGCAGAGAUGGGAGGCGGCGGAGCAACAGGGGAUUGGGGGAGGCGGCGGGAGAGGGGGGAGAGCUUAUGCAGUAAUAAUCACUGAUGGAGCUGUGCAGGCCAUGUGGAAUUUCAUGCUUUCUCAGCUGCGUCGGUGCUUUGAGUUCCCCUGGUUGUCCCAGGUCUUCAUUCAAGCCUACAUUAUUUAG